UAGGUAUUUAUCUACAAUGAUAUGUAUAAAAUAAAAAAAAAACUUAAAAAAUCAACAGUAUUUUAAUAACAAUUUUUGAUAUUGUGUAGUACCAUCACAUUAGUAACAACAGAGAAGUAUACUCCUCAACUACCAUGAAUAAAGCAGAUGGUUAUUUUGAGGUAUAUACUGAUGGGGCAUGUGUAAACAAUGGCAAAAGCAAUGCAAGAGCUGGUAUAGGGGUAUGGUUUGGUGAAAAUAGCUGUUUGAAUAUAUCAGAGCCAGUUCAAGGUAGGGCUACAAAUAUUGCAGCUGAAAUCCAAGCAGCUUGUGCAGCUUUAAGAGUACUUAAUAAGUUAGGUCAUAAAAAAGUGAGAAUUUAUACAGAUUCCGAAUUUACCAUAAACUGUAUCACAAAAUGGAUGAAUAACUGGAAACGUAACGGAUGGACAGUAUCCAAUGGAGGGAUGGUAAAAAAUAAAGGAGACCUUGUUGUCUUGGAUAAUUUAUGUCAAAAAUUUGAACAUGUCGAUUGGGUACAUUGCCCUGCUCAUUCUGGAGUUAGAGGUAAUGAAGAAGCUGAUAGGUUGGCCAAGAUUGGUGUUCAAAGUUACGUAGUACUGUGACAUGAAUAUUUUUAAUUACUGUUUUGAUCACUAUUAUGUAAAUUCAAACUGUAUUGGUUAUAUUAAAUAUACAUUAUUUAUU